AUGAGUCGAGAACAGAUGUCCAGUGCCAGCACUGGCCGGUGGAUAUCGCAAAGGGAUGCCUUUGCCAAAGAGAAUGUGGAAUGGGAAAAGCAAUAUCGUGAAACAAUGCGCGAAGCCAAGUUGCGUGCACAAAAACAUGGAACGCCAAUAGUUGAAGGACUUAAAGUUGAUGACUUAAGUACAUACUCUCCGUCGAGAUUGAAACUGAGAAUAUACAAGCCAGUGUCUCCUGAAGCAAAUGGGGCCGUCAUGAUCUACUUCCAUGGAGGGGGCUGGGCCUUGGGAGAUCUGGAAGGAGAAGACAAUAUCUGUCGGGUUCUAUGUGUGCAAGCCAUGCUAAAUGUGGUCAGCGUUGACUAUCGCCUUGCACCAGAGAAUCCGCAUCCAGCAGCUAUUGAAGAUGCGAUCACAGCACUUCGUUGGGUAUGCCAAAACAAUCUGACCCAUGGAUUUGAUAAGAGUAAGAUUUACGUUGGGGGGACUAGUGCUGGGGCAAACUUGGCUGCUGUACUGUCCCAACUAUCCCCGACUUUGGGAGUCGAUAUCCGGGGUCAGCUACUUAGGUCUCCAGUCUUAUGCUCUAGUGAGCUGCAUUACCAGAGAAUGGGGCUGAAAAGUAUGGAACAUUUCGUUGAUACACCAAUCCUCGAUCAGUGCUCAAUGAAGCAAUUCAUUGAGUGGUAUCAGCCUUAUGACCGGGCAGAUCCUACGGUAUCUCCACUAUUGUCCCGCGAUCUUGGUGGAUCUCCGCCAUCUAUUAUCAUGAUAUGUGGCCGUGACCCGCUCCGCGAUGAGGCCCUAGCCUAUGCGGACAAACUUGAAGAAAGGGGGUACAUUAGCUCUUCUAAAAUGUGCGCCUUCAAUUAG